AUGGACUCUGUGCGCUUGCCAUCUCCCUUGGGGCUUCUUUUACCACUAAAGUUUCGGAUGUUUUACGAGUCGUUGGACUUAUCGGACCCUGAAGAGUCCCACUUCAUUGGCACAUUUUCAGACGGCCUUUUGGCCAAGUCUGACCCCAUCUUGUCCAUGCCUACUUUCCAGAAGCCCCCACAGGCGGCUUUGAUCGAUUAUGAGUCCGCUCGAUCUUUACACGAUGGUGUCUCAUAUUCGGCCUACGGUCAGGCACCAUACGUGACGUCCACCCCACUUGUCCCAUCGCCUAUGGCCGAUCACACCAGCCAGAUGUCGGAUUGCGUUCCUUAUAUGGACAACCAGGAAUAUGCCAGUUCGUACGAAGAGGGCCGCUCACCGAUGAUGACGGGGGAGUCUCGCCCGGUGCCGGAGGUCGUUUCCUACUCGCCCCAGAGAGGGUCCGAAGGAACAAGAGUCUUUGUUCAAAUCCAGUCCCCGUUCGAUCUCCAUGAAUCGUCUUAUGCAUCGCUUUAUCUCGUCUUCGGCGCAAAGAAAUGUGAAUGUAUCCCGCACUUUCUUGGAUUCCAAGGCUCUUCAUUCCAGUACGGGUUUUCCGUCGAGACGCCCCCAUUCAGCUCUACCUGCUCUCCCUCGUUUGCAGUUCCUUUGCAAGUUUCCAUGGAUUCGAACGAUUGCCCAGCUACGACCCUUCAAGUUGGGGUCUACACGUAUGAGCAUGGUGCCAUCCCGCCACCGUCAGAUGACGCUCGGAAGAGGGGGCCAUCGUUGUACUCGGAGGAUCCCCUUCACAGAGCACCAAAACGAGUCAUUGGCCAAUCGCUGCCUCCGAAAGACCAAUCGCCGGCUUCGACGGCGUCGUACUCGCCCUAUCUGCAGUCUCUGCCUGCGAUGAAUGGAUUUGCCGCCCCUUACGCAGCGGCCUCUUCGCCUAGAGCGCCCUCGACCCAGUACUCCACCAUGUCAGCAGCGUCGCAACCCUCCAUCCGAGCGCCUUCACCUUUGACUUCCACCUGGAGUCCCUCUAUCGUCUCCGUGAGCGGCGAUCAUCGCAACCAUUACGUGUCCAGCCACGGUUACCGUCAACAGAAUGCUCAUUCGUCAGGCCAUUACGGUGCAAACCCUCAGUUGAUUCGCACCUCGACCUUGCAGCAAUCGAGUGGCAUGGGUCAGACUCCGGCCUUCAACCCAUAUGCCAUGUACCCCACAAAAGCUGUUCUGAAGCUGAAUGGAGACUUGGACAGCAUGAUGGAGAACUGGUGCAAGGAGGAACGAGAUGCAAAGCGCCGACUAGUCCAGUUCACCCGUGCCCAGAGAGGCAGUACGAUUUCCGCCGAUUUCGCGCCAGUCUCUCUCGAAGACCGAGCUCCUAACAGUAUCUGCAUUAGCUGCAUCUUUUGGGAUGGAAAGGAAGAUUGCUUCGUCACCAGUGUCGAUACGAUCUACCUGCUUGAGUCUCUCGUCGGGGUUCGAUUCACCGUUGAGGAGAAGAAUCGCAUUCGAAGAAAUCUUGAAGGUUUCCGACCUCUGACUGUCUCCAAGUCCAGGCCAGACAGCGAAGAGUUUUUCAAGGUCAUCAUGGGGUUUCCGGCGCCCAAGCCCAGAAACAUUGAGAAAGAUGUGAAGGUCUUUCCAUGGAAGAUUCUGACUCAUGCCCUUAAGAAGAUCAUUGGCAAAUAUUCGGCAAGUUAUUCCUCGACCGCCGGAGCAUUAACAACCCCGAUCGGUUCAACCUAUGCGAGCACCCGGGCUGCCUCAGACUCCGGCACGGAACCUCACACUGCCCCUUCACCUCAAUCUGUUUCCGAUACCGCUGCUCCCAGCGCAUAUGGACCUCCACUGGCUGCUCCUGCAUAUUCCGCUCCUCCCGACCAUGGAGACCCUUCAAUGACCGGCCCUUCUGAGAUCCGACAUGGUCUGCCUGCUAUAAGCCAGUCCUACCACUCCAUCACUGCCCCCAGUUAUUACUCUGCAGCAUGUCAACAGCCGAGCCAGGUCGGCGUCUCUGCACCGAGCACUCGGGCCUGGGAGAUGAGUUCCAUGCUCAGCCCUCCACUCGCCAGUGGAGCUCCGAGCAGCACGCCCGUCUACAGCUAUAUGCCUUAUUCUGUCUCAGGUCCCCCCGGGCAUUGA